CCCACUAGAGCUCACUCUCUUUCAGCCACAGAGGAACUGAAAGUGUUUCCCAACCCUCAGGAAAUUACAGAAUUAUUUUUUACAAAGACAAAACUUCAAUUUCUAAUGUGCUGCUGAGACAGGAUGAGUGACCAAGCUCAAACAGACCCAAGGCCUUUGGUGGAAGAGGAGACCGCCGUAAAAGUCAUAGUUGGAUCUGAAGCAUCUUUUCUUCCAGAUGGGAAGCUUGAUUACCCUCCAGCCGGGGUGAACUCCAUUUAUUCAGCCAUUUUGAGCCGAAAUGAGGCGGUGAAGGAUGCCAAAAGGCUGAAGACCUUCCUGGAGCUGAGAGACAAGUAUGUGAAGAAGAAAGUCCUGUUUGAAGAUCCACUGUUCCCGGCCAACGACUCCUCACUGUUCUACAGCCAGAAGCCUCCCAUGAAGUUUGAGUGGAAACGCCCAUCUGAGAUUUGUGAAGACCCUCAGUUCAUCAUAGAUGGAGCCAACAGAACAGAUAUCUGCCAAGGAGAGCUGGGGGACUGCUGGUUUCUGGCCGCCAUCGCCUGCCUCACUCUGAAUGAGAAACUGCUUUACAGAGUCAUCCCUCCAGACCAGAGCUUCACUGACAAUUACGCCGGCAUAUUCCACUUCCAGUUCUGGCGUUAUGGUGAGUGGAUCGACGUGUUGGUGGACGACCGGAUCCCCACCAGCAGGAACCAGCUGGUCUUCACGAAGUCUUUCAGAAAGAAUGAGUUCUGGAGUGCACUGCUGGAGAAGGCCUAUGCAAAGUUGCACGGGUCGUACGAGGCUCUGAAGGGGGGAAACACGCUGGAGGCCAUGGAGGACUUCACUGGAGGAGUCACAGAGUUCUUUGAGCUGAGCCAGGCUCCUGAGCAGCUCUUCUGUAUCAUGAGGAAAGCCCUGGCAAGAGGAUCACUUAUGGGCUGCUCCAUAGACGUGACCUCUGUGAGUGAGAUGGAGACCCGUAUGGAGCAGGGCCUGGUGCGGGGCCACGCCUACUCCAUCAUCGCCCUGGAGGAGUGUGAUGAGGUGGACAAGGACAGCAGGGUGCAGCUCAUCCGUCUCCGUAACCCCUGGGGCUGGGUCCUGUGGAAGGGCCCCUGGUGUGCAAAUUCUAAGGAGUGGUCCACUAUCUCCAUCGCUGACAGAGAAAACUUGAAGAAACAGACAGUGGAGCAAAGUGAGUUUUGGAUGUCUUUUGCAGACUUUAAGCAGUACUUUACAAAGCUGGAGAUCUGUAACCUGACCCCGGACACGCUGCAGGGCGAGGAGCGGAGCAGCUGGACUGUGUCAGUGAAUGAGGGCCGCUGGGUCCGGGGUAGCUCUGCGGGAGGCUGCCGGAACUACCCUGACUCGUUCUGGACCAACCCUCAGUACCGGCUGCAGCUGCUGGAGGAGGACGAUGACAGUGAAGAAGGGGAGAAAUUGUGCUCUUUGGUAGUCUCUCUGAUGCAGAAGGGACGGAGGAUGCAAAGGAACCAAGGGCCCAGGUUCCUCACCAUUGGCUUCUGCAUCUACGAGGUUCCAAAGGAGAUGCAAGGGAAGCACCAGCACCUCCAGAAGGACUUCUUCCUGUACACUGCAUCCAAAGCCAAGUGUAAGAGCUACAUAAACCUGAGGGAGGUGACAGAACGCUUCAGACUGCCCCCGGGAGAGUACGUGCUCAUCCCCACCACCUUUGAGCCCCACCAGGAGGGGGAGUUCAUUCUGCGUGUGUUCUCCGAGAAGGACAGCCUGUCAGAAGAAGCAGACGACACCAUCGGAGCAGACAUGCAGCAACGAAGUGGCCACAGAAAGAAGGAGAAGCCCAUCAUGUUUGUGUCUGACCGCGCUCAUGCCAACAAAGAGAUUGAGCAUGAAGGCAUCCGAGGAGAGGCCAAAAAGAAGAAACCCAAGCGCAAACUUCUGGAACCCGAGGAGGAGACGGAGGAGGAGAAGCAUUUCCGAGCCAUUUACCAGCAGAUAUCUGGAGACGACAUGCAGGUGUGCGCCAAUGAGCUCAAGACCAUCAUGAAGAACGUGCUCUCCAAACACAGUGAGAUCCAGUCAGAGGGCUUCAGUCUGGAGACAUGUCGCAGCAUGAUCGCUCUCAUGGACACGGAUGGUACGGGGAAACUCAACCUGCAGGAGUUCAAACAUCUGUGGAAGAAAAUCAAGCAGUGGCAGGUCAUCUUUAAGAAGUACGACAAAAACAAGUCAUCAAGUAUCAGCAGUUUUGAGAUGAGGAACGCUGUUAAUGAAGCAGGGUUCCACCUGAACAACCAGCUGUACAACAUCAUCGCGCUGCGCUACGCCGAUGAGCAGCUCCUCAUUGACUUCGACAGCUACAUCUGCUGCUUCGUGCGCCUAGAGGGCAUGUUCAGAGCUUUUCAGGCAUUUGACAAAGACGGAGAUGGGCUCAUCAAACUGAAUGUGCUCGAGUGGCUCCAGCUGACCAUGUACUCCUGAUGGGACUCCUCCUGGACCAUCACUCUGUGUGGUCAUGACUUCAUCUGGACGAAACUUCACCUUUGCUCCUCUAAACCUCUGAAUGAUCUGUCUCCAAAUGUAUUCUUCUCCUGCUUCUACUUCUCAAACAUAAGCUGUCUAGAAUACUCAGUUAAGACAUUCUAAACUAGAGAUUUGCCUACUUUAAAAAAAAAAAAAAAAAAAAUCUGAUAAUUUGCAGUGAGGUCAUUAGUUUCCACAGAGCUGAUUAGCCCUGAGCAAACUUUCAAACUUUGAAUAGGUGGUGGGUUGAGCUCUACAUGUUAAUCUGCAGACGGUUCAAAGGUGAUUUAGUGCUACGCUCAAAGCAGCUCUGUGCUUAAACACAUGUAGUCAAUGUUUAUCUCUCCUCCUAUUGGUCAGCCUGAGUGAGUGACAGGUGGAGUUAGCCAUUUUUUUUCUGAGAGUUCACACUCUGAAUGGUUUUACUUUUCAAGAGCAAUACUAGGCUAGAAGUAUAGAUAUGAAAUGUGUAUGAACCAGUAGUUAAAGGUGUUAAGAUGAACUGUUUUUUAAUUAUGGUUUUAAAAUAAGACAUGCAAACGCUGCUAGAAGAUGUAUUUUAAUUGCUGUACAACUGUACACAAAAAUGGGAAAAAAACAAUGAAAACAAAUCAUGUGUAUUUGCACACGUUCUAUACCUGA